UCUCGCUCGACGGACGUGCGCUCUCGUGACUCGUGACUCGGGCGACGCGCUGCAGCUCUUACUCGGCCCGACUGCUGCGUGUGAGGCCGCCUUGUGUGCUGGAGACUUUUCUGUGCUGGAGAGAACCUUGUUUUCGCUUGGCUGUUGGAGGUUAUGCUCUGAACGCACUUUCGGAAAGGAUAAUUCCGUCUCAGUUGGUGACCAGAUUAGCCAGUGAUCUCAACGCGGGAAAAAGGAGGGAUCAUGAGGCUCCUGCCGAUCCUUCUGCUGGUCUUCGUCGUGGGGGCGGCGUCCGGCAUCAACUUCAACAUCUUCCGGUGGCCGUCGUUUAACCGCGGCAACCGCUACAAGGGAGGAGGGUAUGGCGGCGGCGGCGGCGGCGGCGGGUAUGGCGGGGCAAGGGGGAGGCUUCGCGGGGCCUCUCAGAGGACUCCAGCGACUCAAGUCCCAGGCAUUCACUAGCCUCAGGAACCUUAAAGCUCCGUUUAUUGAGGGCAUUCGGAACUUGAAGAGUCAGGUGCUCGACUUCAAAGGCAGCCUCUUCAAUAAGGGAAACAUCUUCAACAAGGGCGGCGGACAGUCCAGCUACUAUCGCCGCCCGCCGUCCCAUUACGGAGGCGGGUCUUCGGGAAGCGGGUACGGAGGCGGCGGCGGCGACGGCAGCAACGGCUACAUCCAGGUGUCUUACCAGCCUCCGUCCACGGGCUACGGCGCUCCUCCGGCCCCCGCCUCCAACUACGGCGCCCCUCCGUCCAACUCGUACGGCGCGCCACAGGCCCCGGCCACCGGCUACGGCGCUCCUCAAGCUCCUGCUACUGGUUAUGGGGCUCCGCAAGCCCCAGCCACUGGCUAUGGUGCACCUCAGGCUCCGCAAGCCCCAGCCACUGGCUAUGGUGCACCUCAGGCUCCGCAAGCCCCAGCCACUGGCUAUAGUGCCCCUCGGGCUCCAGCAACUGGGUAUAGCGCCCCACAGGCUAACACCGGGGGACUGCACGCAAAUCCCACGGGGCUAAAGGCUCCCCAGGUUCAGAACUCUGGGUUCAGGCCGUCGGCUCCCCUCACCGGGUACAGCGGCACGGGGACGGGGCAGACGGCCUCGAGACCCCUGCAAAAUACCUAUAAUGCCGGGACAGGUCAGGCAGCUACGGGUCACGGAAGCCAGACCCAGUCGCACAUUAACGCACCCCUGUCGGCGGCGAUGGCCAUGGGUCACCUGCUGAACGAGGAGGAGGUGAUCAAGGGUACCGGGAAGGCGGAAUGGCAGCCCGUGACGGGAGCCCCCACAGCUGCUCCUCCCAUUGACGUCCGCGCCCCCGCGUCGGUGGUGCAGAACCAAGGCUUAAAAACCCAGAUCUCGGGAUCAUCGCCAACGGAAGAGCCCCUCUUCAUCGACCUGACGGGGCCUGGUGCGACCGGCGGAGGGGCAACUGGAGGGACGAUCGGAGGGCGAUUGGAGGGACCUCAAACACCCUCAGCGGUCUAUCAAGCGAUCCUGUAGUCGUGGACGACACCGACGACACCUUACUAAUUUCUGCGACCGAGGAAUA